GGAGGCAGGUGAGAUAGCCUAGUUUCCACAGGAAAAUGUACAUAUAUAACAUAGUGUAAGAAAUGAACAAGCGACCACAGCUGACCAGCAUAUAGUGUCAGAAGGAACAGGGACUACAGCAGAAGGAGAGAGGUCCUACCCGAGUGAGCAGGCACUACCCUUAAGCAUGAGUAUGACUUGCCAUAAGCGGAGCUGACGAGGCAUCUUGUGACUUUUUUUGCCCAAGAGAAGAGGAAGGGAGUAGUGAAUGACAGGCACAAAGCCAGUGAAGCCUGUGCUUUUUUCCCACUCUCCACAGCUUUGACAGUUAUGAACAAGAACGACUUGAGAAGACAACUGUAAAUAAAGCCAGGAGAACAGGGCACACAGCCUGAAGGAAAGUAAUUACCACAGCUCAGUUUCACUCUUGAGUUACUCAAAAUACAGUCAGCUGGGUUUGUGGACUUUGUUCCUUAUAUGGCUAACACACACACACAUGCACACACACAAACACACGCACACACAGAACAAGCACUGGUUUUUGAAGUUUUUUUUUUUUUGACUGCUGUGGAAGAAAGCCGGUAUGGAUGUCGGUUUCUCAUCUUUGCGCUCUGAGGCAGUCGGAGCCAUGAGGACGGUGCUGGUGUCAGCGGAGAACUUACAGCUCACUCUGAAGACUGAGCCCAGUCAGGAAGAACAGGCCCUGACACACACCAAGAGUAGCCCCAAGGAGACACACAAAGCCGGGAAUGAAGACCUUAAAGAGAUGUUGGAGAGCAACAAGGAUUCACUCAAACUGGAAGCCAUGAAAAGGGUUGUUGGGCUGAUUGCCAAAGGGAAAAAUGCAUCUGAGCUGUUUCCUGCAGUCGUGAAGAACGUUGCGAGUAAGAACAUUGAGCUUAAGAAGCUUGUAUAUGUGUACCUGGUGAGGUAUGCAGAAGAGCAGCAGGACCUGGCUUUGCUAUCCAUCAGCACCUUCCAGCGGGCCCUCAAGGACCCAAACCAGUUUAUCCGGGGCAGCGCGCUGAGGGUUUUGUCUAGUAUCCGUGUCCCCAUAAUUGUCCCCAUCAUGAUGCUGGCGAUCAAGGAGGCAGCAGCUGAUCUGUCUCCAUAUGUCAGGAAGACAUCAGCCCAUGCUAUCCAGAAGCUCUACAGCAUGGAUCCAGACCAGAAAGAGCAGCUGAUCGAAGUGAUAGAGAAACUAUUGAAAGACAAAAGCACACUGGUGGCCGGCAGUGUGGUGCUGGCUUUUGAGGAAGUGUGUCCAGAUCGCAUUGACCUGAUCCAUAAGAACUACAGAAAGCUGUGUAACCUGUUGGUGGAUGUGGAGGAGUGGGGCCAGGUGGUCAUCAUCUCCAUGCUGACGCGCUAUGCCAGGACGCAGUUCACCAGUCCCUGGAAAGAGGGUGCCACGUUCGAUGAGAACAAUGAGAAGGCGUUCUAUGAAUCUGACUCUGAGGAGAAAAAAGACCAGAUGGAGGCCCAACCUUACAUCAUGGAUCCAGAUCACAGGCUGCUGCUCAGGAACACCAAACCUCUACUGCAGAGCAGGAACACUGCUGUGGUGAUGUCUGUCGCUCAGCUCUAUUGGCAUUUGGCCCCUAAGCAUGAAGUCAACAUUGUCACCAAAUCACUGGUUCGACUACUAAGAAGCCACAGAGAGGUGCAGUACAUUGUGCUUCAGAAUAUUGCCACAAUGUCCAUUCAGAGGAAGGGGAUGUUUGAGCCCUUCAUGAAGAGUUUCUACGUGAGAUCUACAGAUGCCACACACAUUAAAACACUGAAGUUGGAGAUCCUAACCAACUUGGCCAAUGAAGCCAACAUCUCCACUAUUCUGAGGGAAUUUCAGACCUAUGUGAAGAGCCAGGACAAGGCGUUUGCAGCCGCCACCAUUCAGGCCAUCGGCAGGUGUGCCACCAACAUCUCUGAGGUGACAGACACUUGUCUCAGCGGCCUGGUGCUGCUGCUUUCCAACAGAGACGAGACUGUAGUGGCCGAGAGUGUGGUGGUGAUUAAGAAGUUGCUUCAGACUCAGCCCACUCAGCAUAGUGAGAUCAUCAAACACAUGGCCAAACUCUUCGACAACAUCACUGUCUCCAUGGCCCGAGCUAGCAUCCUGUGGCUGAUGGGAGAGUACUGUGAGAGGGUGCCAAAAAUUGCCCCUGAUGUACUCCGUAAGAUGGCAAAGACUUUCACAGCAGAGGAGGACAUUGUCAAGCUGCAGACAGUCAACCUAGCAGCCAAACUCUACCUGACCAACUCAAAGCAGACUAAGCUGCUGACCCAGUACAUCCUGAACCUCGGCAAAUACGACCAGAGCUAUGAUAUCAGAGACCGAACACGCUUCAUAAGACAGCUGAUAGUGCCCAACGAGAAGAGCGGCGCCCUCAACAAGUACGCUCGGCGCAUCCUACUGGCCCCCAAACCAGCCCCAGUGCUUGAGUCCGCCUUCAAAGAUCGCGACCGUUAUCAACUGGGCACUCUCUCCCACAGCCUCAAUACUAAAGCUACUGGAUACCUGGAGCUCUCCGACUGGCCAGCUGUUGCUCCUGACCAGUCUGUGAGGAAUGUGGAGGUCAUUGAGCCAGUGCAAGAGUGGGCACCGUUAGUUGGGAAGACUAAGAAACCCAAAUCUGACAAGUUCUACUCGGACGAUGAAGAGGAGAAAGAAGAAGAAAGAUCUGAGAGCAGUGGCAGCAAAGACAGCAGCAGCAGCAGCGGCAGCAGCAGUGAAGAAUCAGGCAGUGGGAGUGAGGAGGAAAGCAGUGAAGAGUCAGAACAUACCUCCAGUGAUUCUGGAAAAAGUUCCAGUGGAUCCGAAAAGAGCUCCAGUGAAUCUGACUCAGAACAAAAAAAGAAGAAAAAGAUGAUGAAGGCACCGCAGAAGAAAAGCAAACCAACUGCUGCUUUCAGUGACUCGGAUGAAAACGGAAAUGGACCUGUAGCCCAAGCUAGCAGCUCGUCAGCCAAAAGCUCAUCCGACUCAGAGACGGACUCCGAGGACGAUUCCGACUCAGACUCCCCCGCAACACAACAGAAGAAGAAGAGAGAUGUGAAGUUGAAUCCCAAGGUGGAAGUGAAGUCCAAGGUGGAAGUAUCCUUACUGGAUCUAGAUGACUUUUCUCCUGCACCCACAAAUGCACCAAAGUCUUUGGUCGUCUCUUCAAGUUUGCUAUCCGACCUCGAGGGCCUUUCUCUCUCCAACAUCUCCUCCACAAUGCAGGUCACCACUCCAUCUUUCGGCCCUGUGAAAACCUACGAGCUGCUUCACCAUAUGACAGGAAAAGGUCUGUCAGCCAAGUACCAUUUCUCCAGGCAGCCCUGUUUGUACCAGCCCAAUAUGGUGGCCGUACAGGUCAUACUGACCAACAGCUCAGACCACAGUCUGGAGGAGAUCCAUAUAGGAGACCGAAGUCCAGCGAGCCUGAACAUCCACUGCUUUAACACCAUCGAGCGGCUGGAGCCAGAGGCCUCGGUGACGGUUUCCAUGGGUAUUGACUUCAGCGACUCGACACAAGCAGCCAACUUCCAGUUGUGCACCAAGGAGGACCAGUUCAGUGUGUCCAUCCAGCCUGCUGUGGGAGAGCUAUUAAUGCCCAGUACCAUGACAGAACAGGACUUCAUCAAGGAGCAAGGUAAGCUCCUGGGCAUGAAUGAGACCUCUGCAACCAUCACCAUGGCAACAGCAAACACCUCCAGCCAGGCCAUCAGCAAGCAUGUCCUGUGCGCGGCCAAUGUAGGAGUGGUCUCAUCCAGCGAAAACAGCUUCCACAGGUUUGCCGGGCAGACAGUCAGCAGCGGGGCCCUGGUCUUGGUGUCACUGGAGCUGAAGGAGUCCUCCACUGCCCUGCUUACUAUUAACACAGAGAAGAGCGUCAUGGCGUCCAUGUUGCUCCGAGACCUCAAACAAUCCCUUGCCCAGGCGUAGAGUCGCCCCCACCCCCCUCUUCCUCCCUACUCCCUUUACUAAAGGUAAAGAGGAACAGCACUUCAUUAAAGAGUUCAUGUAUUUUAUUUCUGUGGUUUGGGACAAUUUGAGCAAUACUUGCAAACACAUGGCACUUAGAUCCUGAAUACAGAAGCCGAACAAAUGAGCUUGAACUUGUGUUACUCACAGAGAAAGAACUGGAAACAAUGGAAGAAGGAAGGAAGAGCUUCUCCCUGUUUUACGGUCUGUUUUUUGUGGAAAGGAUUGUCCUGAAUCGCAAGAAUAACUUUGUGAAGGUCUUGAAUGAAGUGAUGAUCCUCUUUUUAAAACACACAGAAGGCAUCAUAGACGUGAUCGUGAGCUUUAGCCUUACCUUGUCUAUUAUGAGUCACUCCUCAACAUGACACUACUCCAUCCAGUCAUGUCAAACCAACUGGUCAACUGACCUCGGUGGUGACUGUUUAAAUUGCAUGCAAUUUAUGGAUUUGAUAAAGUAUUAUGUACAAGCAGCUGAACAUUCAUUUUGGGGGAACGAGUAUAAUACUGCCUCACUCACAGUGCGACAGGCCAAUUUGUCUGUUUAAUGUUUACACUGAUUGAGAUACUCCACUAAAGCAUUCAUCUCCGAGCCAAGCAACCCUGCGUUUGCAUUGAUUGAAAUUUGUUCUUUAGUGCCAAGAAAAAGAGAAAAGGAGGAUUCCUCCAGGCUGUUUGGACCCAUCUAAACACUCUCAUUAUAAUAUAAACCGUUGCUAGCUGCUGGAACUACAAACUAGCCUCUGUCCCUGAUGUAGUGUUACAUUCCAGUCUUUACACUGCCCCCAAAUCACAUUUGUGCCUUCUACGUGAAAGUGUAAUUUAGAUAUGUUAGACUUCAAUCAACAAGGUCUUUUUAUUUGUAUGGCUUUUGCUGAACAAUAAAAGGUGAAUUUAUUAAAACAA